AUGGAGGGUCGAACAAUUGCCCCCUUCUAUGACAAGCUGUCCAUCAUUCUCUCCAAGGAUGUGGAUGACAACCCAGGUUUGGAGACUCUCAGCACCAGAGUUGGGCUGGAGGUGGAGGAGGAGGCAGCAGCAGCCCCUCCUCAUGGUGGAACCAUGAGUAUGUCUCAGCUGUUUGGAGAUUGCUCUCUGUUCACUGAUGACCAUGAGUGCCAGGAAGAACCAUUGGUCACCUUACCAGCCACUGUGACCCGUGGCCACUGGGAAUGGCACCCUGCUUGCACUUCAGCAGAGUGCUGCAGAGAUUUUCACAGCAAGCAGAUAUGAUCCUGUGAAACCUUACGAGUAAUCAGGGUGCAAUGCAAAGAUGCCUGGUGGGCCAAACUCCAUGAGACCCUGCAUAAGGAGGAUGCCAUCCUCGAGCAAGUGCGAGACACCAUGAAGAAUUUGAAAGAUGUGGUCAAGGAGUCCUGUGCUGAAUUGCAGAGUUCACAUGACACUUUCAAGGAUGCCUUUCAGAGUGUGCAGAACUACCUAAAUAAAUGGGUACGACACCCAAAAGGGAAAAGCUCUUCAGCCCACUUGGCUUCUGCCUUACACCUCAGCAACCAAGCAGACAAGUCCUGA